CCAUUAAGGAUAUUCCAUAUAAAUGAUCAGCAUUUAUUUGAAAACUCUAUAAAUAGUGAAGGCGCUGAUGUUAAUAUCUUUGAGAAUGAAUUUAAUGAAGAAUUUUUGCAAAUAAAUGUUGAGGCAGCAAAUAUGGAAGUGAGAAAUGAACUAGCAAUAGAACAAUUCUUUAGUAUUAGAAUGCUUAAACAAAAUCGAGAAGAUAUGAUUGAAGAGGAUUCAGUUGUUAAUCCUCAAAGAUCUACCAGCAGUACUAACGAAGAUUGGUCAGUUGACGAUAUCUUUUUCCAAUAUAAUGCUGCAUUAUAA